AUGUUUAUUUUUGACUGGAGCCUGACAUGGACCAAGAGCAUUAUCGCUCUCCUAGUGACGUUAUCUGGGGUAUUAUACUGGUACAUUGGAGUUCCAGGCGACAUGCCAAAGAAUAUUCCAAAGGUACCGAUUUAUAUCUCAUUGAUAGGCCUCUGGAGUGAUAUGGGCCAAGAUACGAUUUAUGACCGCUGGCUUCGCGAACCGCUAGAAAAGUAUGGAGCUGUCCAAAUAUGGUUUGCAGGGCGGUGGAAUAUACUUGUUACGCGGCCGCAGUAUCUGGUGGAUAUGUUCCGGCACGAGGAUAUCUAUGCAAAGGCUGGUAGCCAGAAGAAGAUUCCUUGGAGUGUGAUUGCUGCUCUUGUGGGUGAUAAUAUUAUUAAUGCUCACGGGCAUAAUUGGAGGCUGUUUACUUCAAUUAUGAAGCCUGGGCUGCAGAGGCGAAUUACAGAUUCAGAUCCACUUCUGAUGAAGUCGAGGCUAUUUAUUGAUAAAUUGUUAGAGGAACAGAUAAUUUUCGAGGAAAAGGGUGUUGCUGUGAACCCGAUCAUUCAACGUUGGGCGCUAAGCUGUAUGGGACUGAACUUUAUGGGUGUUGAUAUUGAAGCCUUAGAGAAGCCGGGGCAACGUCUUGAGCAACUACAAACCAUCAUCAAGAAGACACUUUUUAAGCCACUCUUCUUCAACUUCCCUGAUCUCGAUCGGUUUCCCUAUCUCUUCCGUCAACGGAAAAUUGCUUUCUCAAUUAUGCAGGAAUUUGGUGACCUCCUAUGCGACACUGUCCGAAAAAGAACACUAAUGGGAUAUAAAGAAGAUAACACAGAGCAAGUUGUGGACCUACUCGACCGCGCCCUCAAAGAAGGGAAAAUCACAGAAACGCAGUACAGGAACAACCUCAAAGUUACCUUUUUAACAGCACAUGAAAAUGCCCAACAGCUGCUUAACUCCGCAUUUUGGGAAUUAGGAAAUAACCAGGCGAUCCAGAAGAAACUUCGUUUCGAAAUUCUGGCCAUGAAUACCUUAAACCCAACCGUCGAUGAAGUCAACUCAAUGCCGUAUCUUUUUUCGGUCGUAAUGGAGCUUCUCCGUUUGUAUCCUCCCGUGUCUCAGUUGAUUAACCGUGUGACAACGGGAAAAUCUACAUUAGGAGGGGAAAUCGUCAUUCCCAAUCGCACAUGGGUAGGGUGGAAUGCCUAUGGUGUACAUACGGAUUUGCAAGUCUGGGGUCCGACGGCGAAAGAAUUCAUUCCAGAGCGUUGGGGAAAUGAUGUGAAAACGAUUCAGAAUGCUGUCCGCAUCAAAACAACACAAUGUCACUUCAUUGCUUUCAAUGCACACUCGAGGAAGUGUCUAGGACAAGGAUUUGCUGUUAUGCAAAUGAAGAUCCUAUUAUUUGAGAUGCUUCGGCGUAUUGAGUGGACGGUUGAUCCUACAUACCAAUUGAAAUUAACAUCGGUGGGUUCAAGUUAUCAUGAGCCUGACGUGAAGCUGUCAAAUAUGUACAUCGACUAA